CACACGCACCUGGCGCCAGGCCGGUGCCAGAGCCUAAAGCUUUAGCGUGAGCACCGGCCAGUGACCAGUCCGUAGGUCGGAGGGUCGGAGUAGAUGGAGACCCGCUAGCGAUGAACAACUUCUUUGUCCGGAAUGCACUGGAUGAUUGUCGUUGUGAUUUGUCAUUCUGUUAUAUUUCUUCAGCGGAUUUUCUUUUCUUCUCGUUCAUUUCAUCCUCUUUCAUCAUGAAUAGAAAUGGCAUAGAUUUCAGAAUGGUUUUUAAGAUGAUGUCAGUACUAGUAGUUCUAAAGAUGGGUUUGGAGGGGGAUUUGUUCGAAACAGGAAAAAUAACAACAAAGGCAGUAGACUAAUCAUUCAGGAACCGAACCCAACAGGGAGAAGAAAAAAAAAAAAUCCGAAGAAAAAAUU